AAACAGUGGAUGCAGUGAAAGAAUAGGACGACGCGUUUCAUACCCAAACAGUAUUCGCAUGAGGGGUGAAACGAUGGAUGAAUAUCCUUAUCCCAUCACUAUAGACGUCAGUUGGACAAACUCUGUCUCUAAAGGGAUACAGAACAAGCUUCAGAUUUAUUUUCAAAGUAAAAAGAAGUCGAGUGGAGGGGACUGCUUGGUGCACUACGAGGAUCAACGCUCCACUAGAGCAACUGUUUAUUUCAAAUCUGAGGAUGUCAGGGAAAGCGUUCUAUCGAGAGAUAACCACGAAAUUACUGUAGACAAUGAAACUGUGAAGUUGCGCUUGUCAUCAUCAUCAUCGGGGGGAAAUCUGAAAGAGGCUUGCACUCUGUCGCUACUCCUAUCCUGCACCAGGUGGGCACCAUACCACCCAGGGACUCCAAACCUUCACAACAGGGAGAACAAUCAUACUGGAAAGAAAACUUAUCAUAAAACAAAAAUGUAAAACAAGG